UAAUAAUAUUAUAAAUUACAAUAUUUCAUUAUUAUACCUAUUAUUUUUCAACUUCAACUUAAUUACUACCUGAUUUAUUUUUGCUUUCAAGUACACAAUAUCAAUAGUAAUUGUUAUAAGAGAUUGCAAAUUAGGCAUUUAUGUUGAAAAAUACAAUUUACGCGUACGCAAAAGAAAUCCGACGUGAUCCAGCUCAAAGUUUUACCGUUAAUUACAAUAAUGUGAAAAUCUAUUGCUCUUUAAUUUAAUAUUAUGUUGUUUUUUAAAAUAAUUUUUUCCCUCACCGGUUUACUCGCCACUCUUUACCUUGGUCAUGGCCUGCCCAUUGACGAGGGUUCAGUUAGUAAACUGAUGACGAGUAGUCCGGUCGAUGACUUGGGACUCGUGAAAUAUUUCAAACAACUCGAUCUUUACGAUACUUGUGAUAUAAAAAUACUGGAUGUCAACAAAACCAAACAUUUUGAAAUAAACAAUCCGGAGCUAUGCAUGUGCACCAUCAUCUACAACAUGACAAAGGAACUGAGCAACAGCAACGUCAGCGUGUCCGACGUGGAACUGGCAAAAACUCAAACAGCGAACUUCGACGCGAUGGCGUUGUACGAUAUUUGGACAAAAGCAACUGUAUCGUCACCGUCGUUGACGUUAUUUAUGGAACCUUUGAAUAGUUUCAAAAGAUGGCACGCAAUUUGUUACAAUGUAGAAGACGAGAUAAAGCCGUUGUGCAAAAUGUUGAAUGUAGAAGUUUUGUCCAUGAAAAAUGUUUUACCCAAAUCGAAUCAACCGAUAAAACCACCAAAAGAUGAUAAACUGUUAGCAAAAGUAGAGGAGCCGAAAAAACCCGAUCUACCCCUUACCGUACCCAAAAUUCCCAACAAUGUUGUUGAAAAAUCUAAAGACACCCAGGACCUGACUUUAGUCCACGAGGAACAAGAAGAAGAGGCUAAUGCUGAAAAACUAGUGGAGAAAAAUCCGAACGAGGACCAAAUUCCCAAAAGUUCGGAUGAUAAAGAAGAUGAAAUGGAACAACCCCCAAUCACUGACGAGAAUAUACCCAUUGAAGAGGAGCCCGUUCAACCGAAAUCUCUGGAAGUAAAAAACACACAACCCUCUGCGGGUGACUACGACGACGAUAACAAUGCUGAAUAUUCAACUUACAAAGAAAACAAGUCAAAUCCACAGAACACGUUUCCGGCGUUUCCUAAGAAAAAGUUUAUGACCAACGAAUUCAGCGACUCGGAAGACACUCAUUUCCUAUUUUACUUUGUCGUCAUGACGGUGAUUUCAUUGGGUUUUUAUUUGGCCUUGUAUAACAAGAAAAAAAUAAUUGCACUCGUAAUUGAAGGUCGUCGCAGCAACAGUCACAGGAGACGUCCGAAUGUGGCCGGCUAUUCAAAAGUAGAGACUGAUGACGGAUCGACUGUAUUUUGAUUAUAUGUAUAUGUAUAAAAAUCUAAUUUAGUGAGUGCCAUUUGAAGAAUGAAAUUGAAGUUAGUGUUAGCUUAAUAUAUAUAUUUCUUGGCCUGCGCUCUCAUUAAUUAAUUAAAUACAAUGUAUUGUAAAAGUGAAUUGAAAAAAAAUAACUUAGUGAAAUUCUGUGAUGAAAAAUACUUAUAUGAAAGUUGUACGAUUAAGUUUUUUUUUAAUGUAUUAUCUGUUCUUUUUAUUAGAGUUUUUUUUUCUCUUACUUUUUGUUUUUGUUAAAAAAUUAGUAACGAGAAUAACAUAGGGACGUGUGCUUCUGAAAAAGUUAAGUUCAUAAUUUAAGGUUUUAUUGAAUUCAGGGUCUAGCAAACGGGAAUUCCGAAAGAAGUAAAGUGUAGGCGAUAUUUGACAAAAAAAAAA